ACAACAGUUAAGACCUCACUGGCUGGAGUGUCAACACUGCUGCUAGAGGGAAGUCAGUGAGCGCAUGAGAAACAGAAACAGCGAGGGAGCGAGAGAGAGUGACUGUUGCUCCAGUGAAAGUGUGUGUGUAUACGAGAAAAACAGAGAUUGGUAGAGACACAGAGAAAGAGUUGUAGGGAGACACAGACCAACUAAAGAAAGAAAGAGGAAGCUGACAGGGAUUGUUGCUCCUCAGAGUAUGGUGUCAAAGAGCACAUGGAUUUAGUAGAGCUGUACCUCCCUGAGUGUUUCACCUAUCACCCUGACACUGAUAUCCUGGGCAGGAUGUCGGUGAGGGGCUUGGACACCUCCUGUCCCCCCAUAAAGUGCGAGCCCUCCAGCCCCAGCCCCAGCUUUCAGGGGGACAGCCCAUCCCAACCCAGCCCUGAGGGCUCCUCCUCAGACACCAACUCCAGCUUUGGUCUCCUGGGCAAGAGUCACAACCACACCAACGGCUUGGACUCACCAGGGCUCUACGGACACACAGCGGGCAUGGGGAACAAUGGAACAGCCAACAGGCGGUUUGGUGGUGAGGAUGGCCAGGUGAAGUGUGAGUUCUUGCUGGAUUCUGUGGCUAAGAGGCUGUGUCUGGUGUGUGGAGAUGUGGGGUCAGGGUACCACUACGGAGUGGCCUCCUGUGAGGCCUGCAAGGCUUUCUUCAAGAGGACCAUCCAGGGUAACAUCGAGUACAGCUGCCCGGCCACCAGUGAGUGUGAGAUCACCAAGCGGAGGAGGAAGUCGUGCCAGGCCUGUCGCUUCAUGAAGUGUCUCAACGUGGGAAUGAUGAGAGAAGGUGUGCGUCUGGACCGGGUCCGUGGGGGCAGACAGAAGUACAAGAGAAGGAUAGACUCUGAGAACAGCCCCUACCUCAACCCUCAACAUGGCCUGCCACAGAAGAGAACAUUUCCUCUAGGUGGUCUGGUAGAGAAUAAGGUGGUCUCUCUCCUGCUGGUGGCUGAACCAGAGAGUAUCUUUGCCAUGCCGGACCCCACCGUCCCCGACAGUGACAUCAAAGCCCUGACCACACUUUGUGACCUUGCCGACCGUGAACUGGUGGUCAACAUCGGCUGGGCCAAACACAUCCCAGGUUUCCCCUUGCUCUCACUGGCAGACCAGAUGAGUCUACUGCAGAGUGGAUGGAUGGAGAUUCUGAUCCUGCGUGUGGUGUUUCGCUCGCUGGCCCUAGAGGAUAAGCUGGUGUAUGCUGAGGACUACAUCAUGGAUGAGGAGCAGUCCAAACUGGCAGGUGUACUGGACCUAAACAACACCAUACUGCAGCUGGUGAAGAAAUACAAAGCCAUGAGGAUUGACAAGGAGGAGUUUGUUGUCCUCAAGGCAAUCUCACUGGCUAACUCAGAUUCCAUGCAGAUAGAGGACGUGGAGGCAGUCCAGAGUCUCCAGGAUGUGCUCCAUGGGGCCCUGCAGGACUACGAGAGUGCCCAGCACACGGAGGACCCUCGGCGGGCAGGCAAGCUCAUCAUGACCCUUCCCCUGCUCCGGCAGACGGCCGCCAGGGCUGUGCAGCACUUCUGCAGCAUCAAGCAGGACGGCCGUGUGCCCAUGCACAAACUGUUCCUGGAACUGCUGGAGGCCAGGGCCUGACCAGCCACGUGGGACUAGGAUCACAUAGAGGAAGGAUAGGGUAGUGAUGUCAUAAAGGUCAAGAUUAAUGCAGGAAGUGGUAUUGUGCUGGAAGAACAGAGUGAACAGCAAUGAGUGGACCUGAACGGAGACAAAAUGGCUCCUCUGUGAAGUUCCAGAUGCUCUUCUAUUAAUAAGUCAUUGUUGUCCAAUCCUUCUUUAUGUCAUUCUGGGACUGUUGUGAGUUUGACAAGGCUAACACAGCCCUGCUCGCCAUUACAAACUCAGGAGGAGAGGAGAGGAGGAAGGACUGACAUCACCUUAGUGACAGGGAUAACUGCCUUAUGAGGGAUUUUGAUGGCAGUUCUUAAUAUAAACCUAAACAGUGCUAGUGAAAUGAAGAAAGACACCCAAAACUUGAAGAUCCUCUAGGAUUAUUAUUUGUGUGAAACCAGCUCUAAGCCUGUUCAUCUUGCAUUGUAGUGCUUGAAUAACUUUUCUUUUUUAUAUAAAAUGAACUGUGGACAGGCUUGCCAAAGAAUGG